AUGGCUCGACGAACGAGCAAGAGUUCUGUUUCUCGCCCGGUGGGCACGUUGCGCAUUGUUAUGCCUUCGUCUUCCAGCCGGGCGCAAACCGCAUCCGCGAACCCGACAUCUACUAAGCCUGUCACCGAAGAUGACGUGAACAAGCUCUCCAUCGCCGACCUCACCCUCGAUACUCCUCUCAUCCCCCUAAGGCCGAAGCGUCGCGUUCCUCGUACACCAUUCCACUUCCUAUCAUUACCCGCCGAAGUCCGCAUCCAGAUAUACACCUACUUCUUCAAUGACGUCGACACAGUCCUCGACCUCGGACCGCACAACUACAAGCAAGUGCACAAGAAACUUGGUCUCAUGAGAGUAUGCAGACAGGUCCAUGAUGAGGCAACCUUUGCCUUUUACAGCACACGUACCUUUCGCCUAUUCCCUACCUUUCCCGGCCGCUACUUCAAGAGCAAGAAACCUCUCCUAGCAAGGCUGAAGCCGCAACAGCGUCAGUGCAUCACAUCUCUCGAAUUGCGCCUCGGCCCUGGGUGGAAUGCGCCGCCCAAGGGGUGGGUCGUCAACCCGGCGCUCGGGCUCUCAGAUUGCGUCGACGUGCAGCGGCUCAAGGUGUUUGUCGAGAUCGACCCGAGCGACAGCGCAAUUAGGGGAUUCCGCCGCUCGGAUGGAUUCUACGAGGGGUUCAGUGUGAACCUCCUGACUGAUGUCUUGGAGGAGCUGCCCUCUGUUGAUACAGUUGAAUUCGAUGGCUGGACCAGCGUUAAGCAGUCUGGUGCCAUGAUGCAAGGCCUCAUGGAGGCUGUUACACAGUUUGGCUGUGCCAUUGAAUGGGGUCCUGAGAGAGGAUGGACCGACAAGAUGGAGGACGACCAAGAUAUCCCGGCCACAGCAGUAGUGUACCCGGAAGGCCUUCCACAUCCCGGCUACGAGUCACACGGGUUGAUGGCUCUGGCCUAA